AUGUUUUUUGUUCCAUUGAUAAAUCAAGCGUUUGUAGGAUGGAUGUUUGGUCUUGCAUCAAUGGUCUAUUUACAUAAUCUUAUCGUUUCAAUGUUUUUAUAUAAAGCUCGACAGACUAAUGUCUCGAAUAUUUUUAAAAUCCUGUUUAAUUUUGGCGGGCUUACUAUAUAUAUAGGUGAACUUUGGUUUUUAAUUGUCCCAACUGACGUAACUUUAAAUGAAUGUAAAGCGGCUUCCUAUACAUUAAUGCUCGGACACAUUAUUCAUAAAAGUGCUUUGUCCGCAUUCUUAUUGUGGCGUUUAAGGCAGAUUGAAAAUAAGAGUAUAGACUAUUGGUUAGGCAUUGCAUUAUUUUUCUGCAGAUUUUGCUUUCAUUUUGCACAAUUGCCUCUAAUUAAACCAGCUUCGCAAUUUGACCCAGAAACGAAUGCAAUGUUUUGUUUAUCUGGAGUUGAUGAUGCCAGAACUACAUUAUUAGGGGCCAUUUCAUUUGAUUUAGCAAUUGAUUUAUAUGUCACAAUCCGAUUAAUGCAAGUUUUAAAUAGAGCAAACAAAAACGCUACACAAAUCUCAUCAAAUAUUACAAGAAAAACAAAAAGAAGCUUAUUUACAGCAGUUAUCUACUGGAAUUUCCUCCGAUUGUUCUUUGCAACAUGCUAUAAUGCUGCCCUUCUAUACUACUCAGUGUUUGGGAUUUACAGAGAUCUUAAUUACGAAAUUACAACAUAUUCACUUGCAGCACAAGUUUUCUUGGUUAUUUUAUUGUCAUAUUCUAUAACAGCAGAUGCAGAAAUAGUGAGAGUGAUUGAGGGAAAGAAAGACGAUAAAGGCUUCAGUAGUAACUCAGCUGGAACUGGGAAAUCAUAUAAAAAUAUGCCACAAACUCCUAAAAGUACAUCGUCUCAUUACCAAACAUCUAGUGAACCUCCAAAAUAUUCAACAGGAAAUUACAGUUUCUCGAAAAAUGAAAAACCAGAAUCUGAUAAUAUCGGUGACAAUAAAAUUGCCGUUGUGUCGAUGAAAAGACUGUCGUUCUUCGAGUGGGCAAACGUAAUAGUGGGUAAUAAACUUGUCAAAAAGGAUAAUGAUAUAGCAGAUGAAGAAAGUGGCGUUGAAAAUGCUGAAGAAAACGGCAUUGAGAUUGUUGAAGAAAAUCCUGAAGUUGCAGGCAAUUAUAGUAGAAGUAAUAACCAGAAUCGAGAUAGUAGUUUUAUAUAUCCGACAGAAAUUAUUGCCCAUGAUAGUCGUACUGUAUCUGAAAUUUGA